AUGGCGAACGUUCAUCCCAAAACUGAAGUAUAUUGCAUAGUCGGCGGUGUCAAGGUCGCUAACAACGGAAAAGAUAAGAGUAGGGUGUUGACAAUGCGGAGGAAGUCUCUACUCUUCAGUUGCAGCGGCUUCACAGUUUUUAAUGAAGAAGGUAAUUUGGUCUUUCGAGUCGAUAACUACGACUCCGGCCGUGCCGGUGAGGUCGUGCUCAUGGACGUAAACGGGAAGUCUGCUCACCAUUCGAUGAAAGGUAAGCUGAGUCUUGAUGAGAAUUGGACAAGAUACGAUGGCGAGGAUGCUGUCGACCCUGUCUACUCCGUCAAGAAGCGGUAUGCGAGACACCUCCACAUAAAGUCCGCUCUCGCUCGAGUGGCGGCUUGA